GGAGAAUGUUCGAGAGGGAAGGCACGAACCAGGCAUUAUCGAGAGGAUAUGGAAGAUGUUUUGAGGAGUACAAACGACAUUGGGUGCGGUUUCGGGGAACCAUGGGAUGAGAUCAAUCAAUGUCGGGGCUCACCGAGGAUGGGAGGAAUAAGGUUCAACAUAUCGAGGGGCGACGGUGAGAUGCGGGCAGAUGAACCAAGGACACCAAUGGAGAACGGCUACAAGGGUCUGGCGGCAAAAUGUUCCAGGGAGGGCAUUAUUGACUAUUGUCUAUCAACACAAAAGAUCCUAUCCGCCAAGAAGGUACCGAUGCUACGAAAGGUGUGUCAGAAGAAGGGCAUGAGAUACACGAGGAAACCUGAGAUCAUUGAUGUCCUAGCUACGGAGCAAGUGAAACUUGCAUACGAGGGUUUUGUGGAGGUGGAGACAGAGCCAGGGGAGGAGGAGGGAGCGAAAGUGAAUCUGGGGGAGGAUAUGGCGGGACCUGAAAAGAGAGGAACGAGGUCGUCGGUUCAGUCAACACCGGCGAGAGUCACUUUGAGAUCAGUGAAGAAGCACAAAGCGCAGGAGCGGAGCAGUGAGCAACUAGCGGCAAUCGAGCGUGUAAUCACGACUACUACUGUUCUUUUGGCUUUAAGGGGGCAGAUACACUGGUUAACUAAGUAUCUGGUACGACCAGAGAUCACCGCGAGCAUGUUGGAUCUAAAGGAAGUCGGUGUUUACAUCGUGGCAUCGCCAUGGUCUAAAAAAGUUUACGUGGGUAGUACGAUCCGGAGCACCAUGCAGAGAUGGCGUGAGCAUCUCAGCAACGCUUACACCGAGGUCAUCGGGAGUUCACCGAAACUGUACCGAUCGAUGCGCCAUUACGGUCCAAGCAAUUUCGUGAUUAUCCCGGUCAGACACGCGAAUGAAGAGGAUGAUCAGGCCUUCGAGAGACACCUCAUACAGGAUUUUUCACCUUCACGGAAAACGUGCAACACUAGCGAUCGAGGGACGGGUAAGACUCGGAACAGGAGGAAAGGUAAGAGGGAGAGGAAGAGGUUGAAAACGGGACAGGGUGAGAAGGUGAAGGGCGUCGUGAGUUUCACGCACGGAAGAGCGUACGAACGGAGGGUAUCGCUGAAGACCUGGUUGGAAGAAGAAUGGAUAAAGAACACGAAGGGCGAGAGGAGGGUGCAGUUCCACGGGGGAGAGAUCUGGUCGGACGGGUGGAGGGAGAUUAAGAGGCUUUUCGGGAUGACGAAAGUGAGGAUUAAUGGGAGGGUGAAGAAACUUUCUACGAUCAAGGGGGAACUACAGCAAGGAAUGACGGUGGUGUUCAUCGGGAUCACUAAGACAACGACGACAACAGCUACGUACAUGCAAGAACUGAGGUGGAUGCUCAAGAAACCGAUAUUAUUCAAAAAGAUGGUGAGUUAUACCACCAACCAACUGGUGGGAAUGUACCGGGCAACAGGCUUCUUCAGAGAGAAGAAGACCAAGAAUGAUUUGAGACUGAAGAUCGACAGGGCCGUGAAGAAGAAGACUGGAGUAGGCAUACGGAAGAGGGUACAAGUGAAGGUCACGUACGAUAAACAGUUGGUGAAGAGGGAGAUAAGGCAGGCGACAGAGGGUGUGGUGGGAAGAAAGGUGAAGGAUGCAGUUGUCGCUAAUCAGAUUAAAGGAAGGGUACGGGUGACCUGGAAACGGAACAGGGCGGUAGGAGAGAUCAUACAUAAUCAUCGGAAACAUGCACACGUCGAGGAACAGCUCUGCAUAUGCAGAGCAGUUGGUCUUCCUACCAUAGAUAAACACGUGUUCGCACGGUUCUCUGAUUUGAAGGAGGUACCGGUUUUUAUGAAGAACAACAGAAAUGUGACAUGCAGUUCGAAGGGUGGCACCACUCAGGCGAUCGUGCAAGCUAUCGUCAAGGGGACGAGUCACCUGGGAGGGAAAAUGGAGGAUGUCGACAUACCUGCCGGCGGUUUCAUGAGCAAGGCAGUGACGGGGGCACGUGGGCAGGGCACGUGGGCAGGGCACGUGGGCAGGGCACGUGGGCAGGGCACGUGGGAUGAGGAGCAGGUGGCGAAGUGGUGUAAGAGAUUUGAGGGGCUGGUACUCGCCCCGAUGGACCACAAUCAGGGCGAUACAACAGUUAUCUGCCCUGUUAUUUAUCGACACGCCUUUGGGAAGACCUUCGUGUGGAACUGUAACUACGAAGAUGCACGGGAAAAGGAGCAGGACAUCCUGCUGAGAGCGAGGAACGAUUUUAAGCAAGCCAGUCUGCAUAAGAUCGCUGCGUGGAAGACAGACGGGCGAAUUGGACGGGCGUAUGUCAUUCCCAAGGAUAAGGAUCUCGACAGAUGGAGACCGAUAGCUCCAGCCACGGGCGACCCGGCGGGAACGGCGCAGCGAAAGGUGGCCAAGGCACUGCACUACCUUAUGAAGCUGUUUCCGAAGGAGCAUACUUUUUACCUCAAUUUAAUUCAGGAGCUACCUGCAAAACAGGAGGCGGUGCAGAAGAGAUCAACCGAGAUCGGAUGUACGGGGGUGGAGGGAAGAUGUUACGACAUAAAAGACAUGUUAACGAAGAUACCGCAUGAUGCGGUUCGGCGGGCGACGGAUGGCUAUGUGGGCAUCCGCUUUGAGAGUAUUUUUGCGAUGGUUGAGUACGAUCUCAACAAUGCGUAUGUCAACUGCGGGCAGGUGAUGAGGAGACAAAUAUCUGGAAUCCCCAUGGGGAAAUGUACUAGCCCGAUCCUUGCCACGAUUACUUGUGCGAUGGCAGAGUUCAAUAUGCUGAAGGGGCUGGGCUCGGAUGGGAAGUUGGUCGGCGGAUGGAGGAUCGUAGAUGACAUCACGGUGGUGGUGGGAAGGCAGGCGGGAGAGAGGAGUUCGAAUGAUGAGGUUUUCGGGAAACUAGAGACCAGCUAUGAUGAGAACCUGACUCUGGUCAGAAAGGACGGAGGGAAGGACUGGUGGCAUUUUCUGGGCGGAUCGUUUUACCUGUUGCAACAGCCAGUGAGACUGAUGUUCGUCCCGGGGACGAAGAACGUGGUGACACUACGGGAGAUUGCCAGUAUCAGGUAUCACACGAUGCAGGACUAUGCAUCGUACUUGGAGAAAAAGUCGAAGAAGUCUAUGCUGGCAGCCACCCUGAAGAGAUUGUGGAGCUCGACUUCAUGCCAGGUCUUGGUCAUUGGCUCGAUAGCCUAUAUGUCGUGGGAGGCAUACUUUCGGGGCUAUGCCCCGAAGGUCUCUCUAGGUGCCUUGGCCAAAUUGGUCGAGGCUACGAGUGAUCCGAAUUUGCGCUGUCUACUGCAGAUGUUGAGCAAGGGGUUCGUGCGGAGGAGACGGGGGGUAACGGGUACCAGGGGUCUGGGGUACGAGAUCAGAGGGUACGGGUAGGUGGUAAUGGAUAAGGGGUACCAAGGGAGUUAGGGACAGGGAUAGUGAAUAGGAAAAUGCUGGCAAUGGGAUAAAGCGGGGUUUGUCAC